ACUCUUGUUUGGUAUUGUUCCUUUCAGGAUGCAAAAGUUAACGGAGGAAUAAUAAGCAACGAAGCUGGCUCUUAGCACAGACAAAGUAAUAUGAAUAUUUGAAAGCGUAGUUAAUUAUGCUGAAUGCUUUAUAAACAUUUCACUAAAACAGAAGACAGUUGCGCUCGCUGGGGAGAGAGAGAAUCGCUUUUAUUCAACAACACGAAGAAAAGUGCACACAAUAAUAGCAAGCUAGCGAAGUAGCAGGCAAGCGGAUUGUGGGGUUCGUUCAAAACAGCUUUCAGAAACAACCUCAGUCGAGUAUUUCAAGGAUUAUACUUCGUGUGCAUGGGACUCGGUUUCUGUUUUGACACUGUUGUUUUGGACUGAUUUUACGCUGAGGCUUGUUUCACCGAAAAUGCGGCUCGAGGCCUGCUGUGCUGCUCGCUGAAAUGCUGUUUAUCACCAAGUCCUUCGUUUCUGUGUGUUUUGUCACAGAAGUGUAUCGCUCUUUACAUUGAGAAAACUGGAUCUGACUCUCAUGGAAGACAAAUAGUCCCCCUCGUCGUCUUGAGCAGCUAAUUUUCCUCCCGGACUGACCAUCUCUGCAAGAUCUACUCAACAUCCAGGAAAUAUCUGACAUGUUAACAAGCAGACGACUCAAAGCCGCUCAUCUGCUUGCGAGUCAUGUCAAAUUACACCCUCUGUUUGAAGCGUUGGGUCAAGCCUGGUUGAUUGUGUCCUCACAGCUCCUAUUUACUGGGGGUCUGACCGAGAGUCGCUCUCAGUAGCUGAUCAGUCCUCUCCUUUUGUCCUGCAUUGACUGAAGCCGCUAAGAUGAACCCGGUAAACGCCACCGCGCUGUACGUGUCGGCCUGUCGCUCUCUUGUGCAGUGCGACCCGAAGGACCCGGAGACGUGCGGAGCGCUGUUUAACGUCCUUCCUUUCUUUAGGGACUCUCUGUCCUGCUUAGUCUGUGGGAAUUUGCUUCAGGAUCCACUUGCUCCCAAAAAUUCCUCCUGCCAGCACUAUGUAUGCAAGGGUUGUAAAGGCAAGAAAAUGUCAUUGAAGCCAUCCUGCAGCUGGUGUAAAGACUAUGAGCAGUUUGAGGAGAACAGACAGCUCCAGAUUCUGAUCGACUGCUACAGGAAUCUCUGCGAAUGUGUCUCAGUCUGGGUCACUACAGAGCAGAGCGUCUUGGAAGUCAAAGGGUACCCUGAGGUGAAGAAGAUGCUGGAGGAGGUGCUGGGGGUGGAUCUGGAACAAGAAGAACUCAGUCCUGUUAAAGACACUUUGGAGGAUCCCCAACUGAAAACUGACCCAGAGUCCUCACAAAACUCUGCUGAUGUCAAUCUGACUGACUCAGACAAACCCUCUGAUCAGACCUCAUCUGAUCCAGAGUCCCCUAAACCUAUCUGUGCUGAUGAACCUUUGAGCUCCAGCUCAGAACUUCACAUGAGUAGUGUCAGCGCUGACAUUGUGAAGUGCAGCAUUAGUCCAGAGAACAGCCCUGAAUCUGUGCACCUCAGUGAGGAGAGCACAGAUGUCCUGGAGGACCUCAAAUUUGACAUUGCAAACAAGGAGGUGUCAUAUGAACAGUCUAAAUCAACAGCAGAGCUGUGUCAGCAUUCAUUGCAAUCCCAAACUAGUGGGGCCUUUGCACCAGGACACCCACCGCAACCUCAGACAGGCUUGACGUGUCUUGCCGCAGCCCACAGAAAAGUGCGCCUGAGCCGAAAGCGCUCUCGCUCUGAAAGCGACAGCGAGAUGCUUCAACCUCUGCCCAUCACCAGCCUCAUCCAAGGGCCAUCGGUAGCAGCCACAGCUCCUCCGAAAACAGCAUUUGAACCCAAAGCGCCCUCACCACCACCGGUCAUGGUCACCAAUGGAGGUAUUUUAAAGGUCAACAAGACCGUCCUGGAUUCAACAAAAAAUAUCCAGAUAAACUCAGACAUGAUUAAUAAGAAAGUUCAGGCGAAGUCUAAAGUGAGCGUUCCGAAAGCAAAGAACAAAUCGAAGGAAAGGGUGCUCUCGCCUAGCCUGUUACCGGGACAGCCUCCUAAAGUUGUAUACAAAAAGACACAAGAGAAAAAAGGCUGCAAGUGUGGACGAGCCACUCAGAAUCCAAGUGUUCUUACCUGCAGGGGUCAGCGGUGUCCCUGCUACUCCAACCGUAAGGCCUGCUUGGACUGCAUCUGCAGGGGCUGCCAGAACUCGUACAUGGCCAAUGGGGAGAAGAAGCUGGAGGCUUUUGCCGUCCCCGAAAAAGCCCUGGAACAGACCAGGCUCACUCUCGGCAUCAACCUCACCAGUAUUUCGGUCAGAAACACUGGCACGAAUGCUGCAGGAGUUCUCAGCCUUUCCGCAGGCUCCCCGAUGGCCUCUUUUCUGGCAUCCAGCGCAGACGAGGACCAGAGUUUUGAAGAUGCUCUCAAGAUGCAUUUUGACUGUUGAUGGCUGUCCUGCUACUGAUCUCCCCAUCAGCCGUGGUUGAUUCACAGUUAUGUUGAGCAGAAUGUUUGCCAAAACUCUUGACUGUAGUUUUCAUGUUGAACUUACACCAUCACAAAUGUACACACUGCUGUAAUGGAAAGUUACUGUGAAGCUGAAAUUCUAAAAAAGUGGAAUUCUGUGCGUUUUGUUUGUUAUUUUUGGAAGAAACUGUAUGCUUCUAUACAAUUCAUAAUGAACUAAUGAUCUGAUAAGCAUCUGAUAUUUCUCUUUAAAGUGUUCAAUGACCCAAACCUAAAAAAUGAGUUUCACAGGUAUUUGUGUGAUCACUAUAUGGCUAACAAGAUUGACUCAUAAACCCAAAUGUUAAUUAAUUUAAUUUGUUUACAUUUCUGUGGUGACAAUAUUUAAAAAAUGUUUAUGAAUAUAUUGCUUCUAAGCAUUUGUGGAAGGUAAAAUUCACAGCGAUCUGUAUUGUCAGUGUCAGGUGAAAUCACAAUUUACUUAUGGUGGAAAAUGUAGCACUUAGUCCCAAUAGUGUUAAUGGGUUUAGAGGCCUAUAAUGAUCAUAUAGGACUGAGGUGUCCUGUCAGGAUAGUUUUAUUUUUUGUUCAAUACUUUGUUCGGUAAUUUCUGAAUGGAAAAUAGUGCUGUGUGCAUUUUUAUUUGUCAUGUUCGAGCUUUGAAAGACGUUUGUCAUUGGUUUUGUAAAGAUGACGAAGCACAAAUGCCACCACAGCUAUGUUUCUCCAACAUUUGAGAGUUGCGUACACAUUUUUAUUCUCCCUGUUGUUCAUUAUUAGUUCAGACUGAGCUGGCCGUCUCGCCAGCACAAUAUCUACUACAGAUUUCUGAAACAAGUGAAUGUAAGAGUGUUCAGUGUGUUGCCUGAGAAUGUAUUCAUGGCAGUGAAAUUUUUUAAAGCAAUAUGAGAAUCAAUAUGGUAGGUCGAUAACCAUCUUUUAACCCUUCCCCCUCCCACAACAGCAUCAUAUUUGUUUUGAUGCAAAUUGUAAACGAGUAUUUCAAGAUGUUAUGUUCUUUAAAUGUUUGCCCGAGCACCUUUUAGCACCCACUGAGGCCUCUUGACUCUAAUUAGUUGUGUUUGUCUUGCAGUUGUGUUGUGAUUCCUGUUCUAGGGACCAAAACUAGAAACCUGUUGAGAGGUCAGUGAACACGUCUAUACUGUUACACUGCGCCGUUUCAUGUCUUAUAUAAUGAAGAAGGGUUGGCAGUGCUUCAUCUGUAUCCUUAAAUAUGCUUGAAAACACUAUCAGUAGGGCUUUGACCAAAUAUUAAAAACCUUUUUAGCUGAGUCUUGGAUCUUAGUGGGAUAUUGUGUUGUAUUUUCAAACUUUAUAGUUUGGUAGCGUUGUUGUUUUUUUCCCCUCCCUUUGCUUUUCAAUGGUCAUUACUUGAACUGAGAUUUUAGUUUCUUGAUUUAUUAUUUUUCUUUUGAAUUACUGGAGAACCUCUUAUUGCUGGUUUAUUCACUGCCACAUUGAAAUAAUGAGAACUGCAGAAAGCUACAAAAAUAAAUUAUAGUUUUUUAUUUCUUGUUUUUCAAAACAGCG